AUGGCAGGGUGCAGCGCAGUGAAAGUCAGGUGGCUGCGUGUUCAAGACUGUGCUCAAUGUGGCUUGGCAGUGUCUUCCUCGACAGCAGGGGGAAGCAAGCGGGUGAAUGCACAGGGACCAAGGGUAGAGGCCUUGCGCUCAGCACAGAAGAAAAUUCAGCCAGAAUCCCUGGAGAUGGCUUCUCCUUCGGACCCCCACCGAAAUCUGCGUCCACGACGACAACCACCUUCCCGCCCUCCUUCUGUGUCACCACUGCCAAAUCCUGCUCAAAAUCCUGCUGACCUGAGUGGAUUACAUGCACUAGUAGCUGCUGCUGCUACUGUGCUACCAGGAACGUUGCCUGGUGGCAUCACGGAAUCACAAAACUACGCUGCCACUCUAGACUUGGGCACUGUGGAGGAAGAGGACGUAUCCAAACCAGCACCAUCCCCACCAAAACAGGUGCUGCAACAUGAGAUCUUUCGUGUUGAUUCUGAAGGGCCUGAGGCCUUUGGGAUCACUUACAUGGUCAACAUCGGUGGCAAGUACAAAUCUUGCAGAAUGCCAAGUACCGAGGAAUAUAGAGAGUGGUGCGCAGCAAUUGUUGAAGUCUCGGGUUUCUCAGAGACGCGUACUUUCAAGCAUGAAUUCGCAUGGAAAAUGUACUCAGCGCCAAAGAAUCAGGACCCAGUGGCAGUUGACAACAAAACUGAUUAUGAGAUGAUGAUCAGUGAUGUGACCGAAAAAGUGAAGGGGAAGAAGGAACCGUCUGUCGCAAUUCUUAUCAGUAAUUUGCCUCCGAAAGAUGAAAUACCCCGUGGCAAGCAGAAGUCAAAGAAGGCAAAACUUGAGUCAUAUAAGCCAGACUCGUCAUCCCCCUCAAAUUCUGAUAAUGAUUCCGAACCCAAGCAACGCAAAAUCCCCAAACUACCAGUCCGUGAUAUUGAAGAGAAGCUAAGGCAGAUGAAUGAUUUCUGCGAAUCACAUAAGUCGCACUGUUGUGUAUUAUCAACCCCUGGCUAUGUGGGCAAUCACGUUAUCUUGAACAAGUCUGCCGUUAAGCGCUGGGCCCAGUCAGUUGAUAACGGCAUUGCCUCAUUUGAAGAACCCCCGAUGUAUCUUGUCAGAGAAAGUGUUGCUGGUGCUGAAAUCCCCCCUCCACCUGGUGGAAAGAAGAACGACGGCAAGACAAAAUCCACUUCUCAACCGGCUCUACCACCCCAAACUUUGCCAUCCCCUGUGAAUGGUGGACCGGAAAUGGUUCUCAUGCCGAAUGCUCCUCUCCAAAGCGGUCCCAUUCCAGUUGGUCCCUCUAUGUGGCCUACAAUGUACGCUGCAUAUCCUCCACCAUAUCACUAUCCAUUCCCCUUUCCAGAUCCAAGGACUGCUUUCCUCCCUCAUCACUACCCAUUCCCGGGUGGUUAUAGUGCCGACGGCCACUCCCAUACCUAUGGGGAUUAUCACCGGCAAACAGGAUUAUCGCAGUUAGCUCCACAAAGCAGUGAGGACCUUACUCCGCCCCCUUCAGCAUUCCCCACUGUUGAGCGCUGGCUAGACGAACUCAAGAAUGACUCAGACUUCAAUCCGGAUGGACUGCUCUUCAGUCAAUAUCUGGCAGAGAUAAAUGACCUGGGGUACCUCCGCAUAGAUGAGUUAUCCAGAGCUUGUUUGAGCGAUGGGCUUCAUGGACUUGGGGUCAACAUCCCUCGUGGUCUUUCUGAGAAGCUGUGCCGCACAAUGCGCCACAAAAUCCGGAGAAUUUCACGAGACUAUAUGGCAACUAGAUUCAACUAG